AUGGAUGAACUAGCUUCAAGUUAUCCUCAGACCGUUAAUGGUCUACGUAAGUCGGAGAUUAAAUUAAGGAGGAAGAAAGAAAUACCUCCACCCAAAUACUUAUGUAUGCCUGGUUCACUAGCAUUUAUAGACAAAAUACCCAUCAUUGACAGGUCUCAUACGCUGUGCAACAAAAUAAAAUGCAUAUUUCAAAACAACGAUAUAGAUGUAGAACUUCAGAAACUACAAAUACCCCAAAUUGCUUCCAACAAUGAUAAUACUCACUCAGAGAGCGAUGGGGUUGGUAAUUUGCCGAAAAUCGGGAAACUUCGUCGUUUACUGAAGAAAAAAACAAAACAUGAGUGGUUGGAAGUUUCAGAUCGUAACGUGUUUUGGUCUCAUGUACUUUUGGGUUCAAAUGAAAUAAUUCGACGUUUAGAAAAUUAUAGUCGAAGUGUGGAGAACAGUCAAAUUGAUGGGAAGAAAAUUUCUUGCGUUUUUAUUGAUUCCGGCUGGUUACAGUCACAAUAUGUGCAUCACCUUGUUAAUUUAUGUGAUUUGUUAAAUAUUAGAUUGAUAUCUGUUAAACCGUCGGGAUGUUUACCUGAAUUGGUUACCACCAAAUUAAAAGAAGUAAAAAAAUUGGCAGUUUUUGCAUUUUGUACAUCUAAUGAAGCUCCGUCAGAUCUUUUGGAUAUAUUCCGGCUACUUGAUACUCUAUUCUCACCAUGUGUUGGUAACACUGAACGAAAAACACCUUUAUUUGAAGUGAACGACAGGCAUCCUAAUAAUUCAUCCAUAGUUGAACCGAGAAAAUCAUGGGAAGAUGUGCAAAUCAGUCCUGAAUUGUAUACUUGUAGCUCUAUGGUCCAUGAAUUUACUCUACAUGAAUUCCAGCCGUAUAUUUCUUCACUCAUUCAAAAGCCAUGCAAUAAUAAUGAUGAUGAUGAUACUACAUACGAUACUUUGUCUAACACUACUCUUCAUUCUCAUUUGUAUAAUGGUAACCCUGGUCUACAGCAGUAUCAAUCUCCAUCAUUAAAAACAGUUGUUGCUCAAACUGUGGAUCAACGUGCAAAUCGAAAGGUCAAGCGAUAUAAAAAAGUGAAAAAUUCAAAGACUGGCAAAAAGGCACAAUCAUCACUUGUUUCAGUAAAGAGAAAGAAGAAAAAGAAAAUGUUGAAAAUAACAAACAAAAAUCCAGAAUAG